AUGAUACAACGCUUGUUGGCUUCGUAUGUGCGCCGCAAACGGGGUGUACCAAGUGAGCCGUUCGAUAAACCUCUUGGUACGGUACCUACCGCGAAGGCGCCUCGUGAUCCGGGUCCACCGGAUCUACCGCCGAUGUGCCCCCCAGAAUCGGAAGGGCAGCGUCCCCAAGAUCUCGAUGUUACUAUGGCGGAGAGCACGGUUACGUUCGGGAACACUAUGUGCUUGAAUGAUUUGAAUGGAGGGGCAGUUACUCCGCCUCCCUGUGCCGCUAGUGUACCUAUUCCAGCGGAUCUAGCCAAGGCAAUUGAGGAAGAGCUUAAGGCCUCGUCUGGAGUUAUCGACGUUUCCGACACGGGUGCCUCUAGUUUAUUAACACGUCCUACCGCUAGCAUGGGUGGUCUCUGUACGCAGGUAGCGGUCCGGUCCCCGAUGGAACAAUGUCGCGCUCCCGAUCCUCACGAUCAGACUUUACGCGCAACAAGGAUUCGCAAAAUUCCAGAUAGCGCAUCUGCUGCGGUGGCGGCUGCUGCAGUGCCGGAGAGCAUGAAACAAAUUUCAUUGAACACAGCGGCGAUUCGCAAAUGGGUUAGCCUGCACAAAGCGAUGGCUGCACUACCGACUACAAUGCCAGUUGGACCUAAGGGACAAAUGGCCUGGAUAAACGCGUGCUCCUUGGACUUGGCGGGACUCGUCUGUGGACUACCUUAUCCUGUUGCUUACCUUGCCUCGAUGUCGGGUGAAACCCUACGGUCUUUUGGACAUUCCAUCAACAGUGAAUCUCAACUGGCUGUAAUUCGGCGACACACCACACACGCAGAUGAAGAACUUCGCGAGCUGUGCAAGGGUUGGGCCGCCACGGCAGACGCGCAAACCGGUCAUAUUCGAUGGAGAACGACGGACAAUAUACAACGCUGGAGACGCUUUAGUAAGCUACAGCCCGAUUUGCUGUGCGCGACUGUCGUCGAACCGCUUUCUGACUUGGAUCAGUGGGGAGUCCUCAAUGUUCUGUGUUUAUUGCUCCCGAAGCUCGCACCUAUUGAGGUUAAGACGAACGUGGUAAUGCCGCAAACCAAGGCUGUACUAUAUCACCUCUCCAAAGAGAUGGUCAACUGCUGGACUCUAGGUGCUGAGGGCGUCUCGGCUGAGCUAGAGGAUGCAUCGUCGCGGCACAUGCCACAACGUCGUCAAAGACGCCUUUUUAAGACCUCAUGUAUUCCACGCGACAACAGCAUAGGUAUCCAUUCGCAGAAUGUCGCAGGAUUUCCCAAGAAUCCGGAACAUUGCGCAACUUGGUUCAGCCACUUCCGACAGAGCGAAGCCAGGGGAAUCAUCGAUUUAGUCCUUUUACAGGAAACGCGGGUCACUUUAGGUGAGGCAGCUCCUCUGGACAAGCUUUACAACUCCUCCUGGGGAUUCGUGCACAAACUCGGACACUCGUUGUGGACCGAGUCCGAGUUCUCUCGUGGAGGUGUGGCUAUUUUAUUAAACCCAUACUCAACAAUUACGAUAAUGGUUCCGUGGUAUGAGGAUCAAUGGACACAGCAUUGGAUGGCUGUCCGGGUCUGUCUAAUGGGCGAAACAGUUCUUGUUGUAAACGUUUACGCCCCAAGUACCAAGACUGAAAGAGAGGCGCUGUUCUCGAGCCUUCUACUUAUUCUUCAGGGAUACGAAGGACCCAUGUUUGUUGGAGGGGACUUCAACUGUACUUUGGAGCCGCGACUUGACCGUUCUUUUGUCUCGCCGCCAGGAAGACAUGAUUCCUUGGCGCUUCGGCGGCUUCUCGGCCGAGUGCAGCUUAGCGAUGUUCUUGAUGGUGAUCUGGAGAUGGCCGAAGAAGAAAGAGAUGUACCGGCGUUUCAUGCGGCCUCUCACACUUAUUUCUACACUCUUCCGGGCGGUGGAUUGGCUAGUUCCCGACUGGAUCGGUGGUAUGUGAGCUCUCGCCAUGCUGAUUGGAUUCGUGGCGUUGCUUUGUCAGUUCCUGGUCCAGCAGCUGACCACAAUGGCAUCAGUAUCAGGAUUGGAGUGCCGCGUUAUGUGGUCCGUGUACGUAAGCCGAGGCACGUGUACCCUGUUCCAGGUUGUGCAAACACAGCCGCGCAUAAAGCAAUUGUUGCGGCCAUUAAGCUGGCACAGCUUAAAGCGGACGAGACUCUUUCUGUUCCGCCGUCGGACUAUAUCACGGCCCGUAGAUUGGCCGACUGGUGGGAUGAAUGGAAGAUCAGGCUUCGCAAAGUUCUUUUGGCGACGACCAAGACCGCGCGUCAAGGUAUGACAACAAGCUAUCGGCAGCGGCUCCGUCGGCUCUAUGUAAGACUGGACGCAGCUCUAUUGGUGGCGCGUACACUUGAUAACUCACCACCAGGAGCUCAUAAGGACUGCAACAAGCCUAGCACCACCGAUACUCCGGUUGGACUGCGGCGUAAUGUUGCGGAGUGUCGACGCUUAUGGCAGAGAUCCAAAAAAGAGCGCCUUCUUGUUCAACACACGUAUACUCCUGGAGAAACAUCUCGACGUUUUUUCGCCCGGGUGGCGACUAAAUUUCAAGACAACACCAUUGUUUCUUUGGGCGGAAAGGCUGCAUACGGGCCAAAUCAUUCUCAAGAGCUGGCUGAUGAAAUGGCGGAUGGCUGGGAGCGUAUUAUGACUCAUUCCUUUGCCUGUCCCGACGCUACCGCCACUUUUCUUUCCCGGGCAGUCCCGCCAGGACCAGUUGAUGACACUACUGUGAUGUCGGCCGUUUCCCCCGAUGACGUGAGUGCGGCUUUAAAGAGGCUGAAACAUGGGAAAGCCGCGGGACCGGACGAAAUUAACAACACAUUUUACAGAGAUUACGCGGAAGCGCUCAGUCCAGUACUCGCUACAUUCUACACCAGAUGGCUUACGUGCAGCGUGUUCCCGUCUUCCUUCGGUGAAGCGAACAUUCAGUGUUUGAAGAAAUCUGCGUCCUCCGCCUUGCCGCUCGAUCAUCGCCCGAUUGCUCUCCUUAACAGCGACUACAAGUUAUUUACCAAGAUUCUUUCGUUUCGGCUCUUGACAUUUUCGCGACGGUACGCAAAGCUGCGACUUUGGACAGCAGCCUACAUGGAGCCAUUGUGCUACUUCUCGAUUUUGCCAAGGCUUACGACACGUUGCAACGUCCAUAUCUGCUUUCCGCUCUGA